AUGUCCCAAGAAGAAAGAUUACGCGAAAAACUUGUUAAAAUACGCGAAAUUUUGAAAGAAGAUAUUGGAUUCGAAGUAUAUCCGUUCAAAGUGCAGUGGUAUAAUGAAUUUGUGGACAAGACAUACCAGCUUCCCUAUGGUAUGGACACCAUUGCAGUGGUUGUUAUUUCAACUCCAGAUAUGUUCGAUAAAGCUUUCAAACAAUACUUAGCCACUGGGCUAUAUAAAUUCACUGAGAAUCCUUCAUAUGAAGCAUUGAUUUAUUACUUGGAACAAGUUCAAAAGAUUUUGCCCGAAACUGAUGUAUGUUAUUACUUUGAUAUGAAUGAACAAAAUAAAGCUACAAUCUUGACACAAACUGCAGCCCAUAUUGCUGGAGGAGCAUUCUAUUACCAGCGAAAAGAUGUUCAGAAUGACCCAUGGGGCAAAGACAAGAAAAUCUAUGGAUUCUCGUUCCAUCCCAGAUAUGGUGGAUGGGUCUCUUUGGACGCUGCAUGUCGUCGGCAGCCAGAGCAAAGAAGAUAUAUAGACCUAAUUCUUUCGGUUGUGAGAGAAGCUUUGCCCAAGAACAGCUUCGAAGUUUACGAUUUUAAAACUGGCUGGUACAACACAUUGGUGGAUUCACAAUUUGACCUGCCAUACAGUAGUGAUACGGUGGCUCUGUCCACAUUCACAAUUCCAGGAGUCUUUGAGAAUGCAUUUAUACCAUUCCUCUGCAAAGAAGGAGUCAGUGUUGCUAACGACUCAUGGCCGCUAUUUUCCAAGUACUACAUGGAAAAAGUGCAACGUAACUUGAUGGAGAAGUUACACCUGAAUGUUACCGACGAAGAUAUCUUGUACCCUCAUAUUAUGCUUGGCAGAGGACACCCACUGAUUUUAGUUCAAACAGCAGCACAUGUCGCCGGAGCUGCCUAUUAUUACCAACGAAAGAAUAUCAUCAAUGACCCUUGGCCAGAGGAUAAGAAAAUUUAUGGUAUAAGCUUGCACCCUAAAUAUGGCGGCUGGUUUUAUAUGGGACCUGUCAUCAUUCUAAGGGACGUGAAAUUUUCCGGCAUGCAAGAAAAACAAGUGGAAGAUGUUUUGAUAGAUGAGCACAAAAAGAUUGAGUUACUGAAUUUAGUCAAUGGAAACUGGAGCAAUCAGAAAUGGCGCGACGUCAUCAAUGUGGUGAAAAAUUACACAGAUGAACAUCUCGCUUACAGAAUGUCUUAUGGCAGUAAUAGAGCCACUUUGGUGAAAACCAUUUACAACGAUCGUUGUAAGAAUAAAGGAAUAAACUAA